AUGGAAGAUUUCUCAUUAGAAACUAGAAUUAGAGAGGUUGUUUACGAAUUAUCUUAGCCAACUUUGAUGAGAUGUAUAAUCAAUCAUAUUAAAAUAGUAUCUGAUUGUUUAAGACAAAUAGAUUAAUAGUAACAGAAUAUUGAUUAAUUGAAGUAAUAAAUUAGAUAAUAAAAUGACAAUUAACAAAAUCAUUAGAUUGAUGCUGAUAGAAGAUAUAGUGAAAUAGAUGUUUUAUAGAAAUAAUAAAAAAAGUUAGAACUAGAUAUAAUAAAGAAUUAGACAUAAAAUUAAUAAUCAUUAACUCAUUUGAAAUCAAGAAUUGAAUGUUUGGAGAAGGAAUUGGAACAACAAAAGAAUAAUUCUUAGUUUGUGAUGAACUCAUAAAUUAAGACUUAAUCUGAUUUGGAAUAACUAACAAAGAGAUAAGCGGAACACACAGAAACUUUUAAUAAAAAAAUUGAUGANUGA